ACCUUCUGGACGCCCAGCUCCUCGCGAGAGUUUUAUUAAUUUAUUUAUUGGGGUUUAGUUGAAUUAGUUGGGGUUAAAAAUUCUGAGGGGUUUUUAUUGGUUUGUGAAGACAAGAUUUGGGAUACUCGCAGGAUGGUUAUUCGAUCUGACGGUGAUGGUACUGAAAGUCCAAUCCUUGUGGAACAAUCAGCGGAUACCGUUGAUCAGCCCCACAGUCCGACUACGAAACAUAAUCACAGUCGUCCUUAUGUCAAUACAUCUCAUGGGAGCAAUAGCCAUCAUAAUCAUGAAAAGUCCAAGAGUCUUACAAAGUAUGGGGAGCUCGUUAUUCUAGGAUACAAUGGAUUUCUUCCACCUGGUGAUCGAGGUCGUCGUAGAAGUAAAUUCGUAUUAUACAAAAGACCAACUCCAAACGGGGUAAAGAGGAGUAAACAUUAUGUCGUUAAAACUCCACACAAUUCCCAAGCUGUUUUGAAUGCAAAACAGCACUCAAUAUCGUAUACAUUAUCGAGAACACAGGCUGUCAUUGUUGAAUAUACUGAGGAUGACACUACUGAUAUGUUUCAAAUUGGCCGGUCAUCGGAGCCGCCAAUUGAUUUUGUCGUCAUGGACACUUAUCCAGCGACUGAGAAUGGCCCUGGUAAUGAGAGCCGCAUGGCUCAAAGUACAAUAAGUAGAUUUGCUUGUCGUAUAUUGACUGAUAGACAUAAUCCGAAGAUUACGAGAAUUUAUGCUGCUGGUUUUGACAGCUCCAGAAAUAUUUUUUUAGGGGAGAAAGCAACAAAAUGGCAAGAGAAUAGAGAAAUUGACGGUCUAACCACAAACGGCAUUUUGAUAAUGCACCCACGAGGUCAGUUCUGCGGGGGUGAGGCCCAGUGUGGCUCCUGGCGUGAAAUAAGCGUUGGUGGAGGAGUGUUUUCUCUCAGAGAGAGUCGAAGUGCACAGCAGAAAGGUAACGUCGUCGAAGAUGAGGAUAAUGUAUUGCAGGAUGGCACAUUGAUCGACUUGUGUGGAGCUACUCUCCUCUGGCGAUCUGCUGAAGGUCUAGCCAAAUCUCCAACGAAACACGAUUUAGAGGAAUUGGUAGACGCAAUAAAUGCAGGACGCCCUCAGUGUCCGGUGGGCCUGAACACCCUGGUUAUACCGAGAAAACCAGUGUCAGACUCUGCCCAACAACAGCCAUACGUUUAUCUCAAAUGUGGACAUGUUCAAGGGUAUCAUGAUUGGGGACAGGAAAAGGACAAGGCAACGAGACGAUGCCCAAUGUGUUUGGUAGCUGGACCAAUUGUCAAGCUGUGUAUGGGGAUUGAGCCGGCAUUUUACGUGGAUCGAGGCCCUCCGACGUAUGCCUUCAACCCUUGCGGUCACAUGGCAACAGAAAAAACUGUCAAAUAUUGGGAAAAAGUUGCAAUUCCUCAUGGUACAAACGGCUACAUAGCAAUCUGCCCCUUCUGCGCAGUACCCCUCGAGGGAACUCCAGGCUACGUGAGACUAAUAUUCCAAGACAACGUAGACUAAUAAGUUAUAAAUUUUUUCAAAAUUUAUCACUACCAGACUGCUGAUAAGAAAAAAAAAGAAGCGAUAUAAACAAAACCUGUAUUGUAAACAAUUUCUCACUCAUUGUAAUUUUUUUAUACACUCCAGUGCGUAUUGAUCCCGAAUAAACCGAGAAAAUAUGUAA